AGGACAUGGGCCUUACCUUUUCGAGUGCCCAACACUUCCCAUCCUCCAGCCUUGUGGGAGUUGCUGCCUUGAGUACCAUUUCCCAGCAACACACCGACUUGAAUCCCUUUAUUCUUUUCUCGAUCCCCGCCUCCUCUUUUCAUUCCCCAUGGGCCGCAUUUGUGCCGACUGCGGGCGCGACCUGCCGCAAACUUCCUACACGGCAAACCAGUGGUCCAAGGGCGGCGGCUCCUCGCGCUGCGCCGGCUGCGUUCACGGCCACUACUCCGACACCUCGGCUGCCCAGCAAUCCGAUGCCGGCCGCCACAACAUCUCCUCGCGCGCCGAGUACACCGUCCAUGCCCUCGAGAAUCCUUUCGCCUCGGGCGCGUUUCGUUGGGUCGCCAAAGGAAGCUACACCGAAGGCCCGCGCCAGGGCCAAGCCAGCGUUCUGAAAUGGUUCAAAACGGGCGCUGUCUUUGAAGACGACUACUUCGUUCUGGACAUCAAGGCGUCCGGUAAAGCCUUGGAGAUUGUGAACCGCUUCAACCAGCUGGGUGUUGUGGACAAGGCUGUCAAAGUCAACGUUCCCCAGGUCUGGGUAUUCGACAAGCAUUCUGGUGCCUGGGCUGGCCAGAAAGGGCUAAGCGAGCCCUUCAUCCAAAACUACCAAAAGUUCAAUAGCAACACUGGCUGGAACGACGAGACGCGACCGUGGGCACAGGUAAUGCAGGCUUUAAGUCACUUCAGCUACCACAUCUCCGGCGGCAACUACGUCCUCUGCGACCUGCAGGGCGGCAUUUACCAGCAAGAGCUCGUCCUGUCCGACCCCGUCAUCCUCUCCCAGACUCGCGAGUACGGCGUGACCGACCUCGGUGCGGAAGGCAUCAGCUCCUUCUUCAGCCAGCAUUCCUGCAACAACUACUGCCGCCCUAACUGGACUCAGCCGGCCAAUCCGCGGACCUAUUUCGACCCGGUUCCGGGCACGACCAUGAUUCGUCGCUCGGUGCCUACGGCCAUGUCUAAACCCAACAGAACCCACUAUUUUAUCGCCUAACGAGGGGCUCGCGAGCACGAGUGGACGCUGUAUUCGCAUACAAGCUAACGAAGGGAAGCGUGGCCUUUGGGCGUGCAAGGUCGAGGGGGGCAUACUUGACAUACUUCCAGGCCUUUUCGUGGGCGACACUAAAGUGAUGAAAGGCUUUCCGCCAGCUUGAGGUAUGGGUUGGUCCUUUUUCGGAUUUCUCGGUUACCGUUACGACCCAGCUGGCACAGGAGGGGCACGGGAUGAGCGACCUCAUCAAGAGAGGCGGGGGCAUUAUGUGACCCCUGACCAAGCACCAAUGAUGUGGCUGCUAUGUCAAGAAAGCGACAUAACAGACAUAGCACCUGGCGAUAUGGCCGCUAUACCGGGGAGACGACAUCGCAAACAUAACAACCAGCCUGGCGGUGUAAGAGAAAAAUGUAUAAGAAGGAGGGUUUUCCUUGUGUCCUAGAUGGUCUUGACAGAUGCAGUGGCAUCAAUCACUCUAGGUUAGCUUCCAAGUAUCCCUUGGAGCAAGCAUCCAGAGCUGCACCCAAGACCCCCUUGUUCCCCUUGUCUAGACAACACUACUGCCCGAGCUACAGCGCAAGUUCUGCCCCACCCCGGACCCCUAUCCCCAUCUCCUUGCUCGAUACCAGCCGCACCAGAAAAGUAGACGCACCAGCGGGGGCGACUUUAUCAACAUAUCAAGUCACCAGGAGCUGAAACGAAUCAAACGAAUCCCAGGCCGAUUGCGCACCUGUGCACUGCCAUCCGGGUUUCCACGUUCAGUGUAGCGGCAAAUGGGGGCGCAUGUUGAUAUCACGUGACCCUCAAUCUGUAUUUAGGUCUCUUCACUGGCACAGGCCCUUCGGGCCUAUGCCUUAAAUUUUUGUGCUAAGUCCCUAAAUCCUGGCGCUAAAUCCUAGCGCAUGGGCCCUGUAAAUGCCUAGAAAGAAUGCCUUGCGGCUGACAA